AUGGAGCUUCCCCCUCCUCCCCCUCUUCCUCCAGGACCCAGGCAGCGCGGGGAGCUGACCAGCACAGACAUGCCGGUGCUGUCCGAGGACUCCGGCUUGCAUGAAACCCUGGCGCUGCUGACCUCUCAACUCAGACCUGACUCCAACCACAAGGAAGAGAUGGGCUUCCUGAAGGAUGUGUUCAGUGAAAAGAGCCUCAGUUACUUAAUGAAGAUUCACGAGAAGCUUCGCUAUUACGAGAGGCAGAGUCCAACCCCUGUUCUGCAUGGCGCCGUGGCCCUCGCCGAGGAUGUGAUGGAGGAGCUGCAGGCCACCUCCGUGCACGGCGACGAGAGGGAGCUGCUCCAGCUGCUGUCCACCCCCCACCUCAGGGCCAUGCUCAUGGUGCAUGAUACGGUUGCUCAGAAGAAUUUCGACCCUGUUCUCCCCCCUCUGCCUGACAAUAUUGAUGAGGACUUUGAUGAAGAAUCAGUGAAGAUUGUCCGCCUGGUAAAGAACAAGGAACCCCUGGGCGCCACCAUCCGACGGGAUGAGCACUCAGGGGCUGUCGUGGUGGCCAGGAUCAUGCGAGGGGGCGCAGCAGACCGGAGUGGCCUGGUCCACGUCGGGGACGAGCUCCGGGAAGUGAACGGGAUCACAGUCCUGCACAAGCGGCCCGACGAGAUCAGCCAGAUUCUGGCUCAGUCCCAGGGAUCCAUCACCCUGAAAAUCAUCCCAGCCACCCAGGAGGAGGACCGCUUAAAGGAGAGCAAGGUGUUCAUGCGGGCCCUCUUCCACUACAACCCGCGGGAGGACCGGGCCAUUCCCUGCCAGGAGGCAGGCCUGCCCUUCCAGCGCAGGCAGGUCCUGGAGGUGGUCAGCCAGGAUGACCCUACGUGGUGGCAGGCCAAGCGAGUGGGGGACACCAACCUUCGAGCUGGCCUUAUUCCCUCCAAGCAGUUCCAGGAAAGGCGCCUAAGCUACCGGAGAGCCACGGGCACCCUGCCGAGCCCCCAGAGCCUCAAGAAGCCCCCCUAGACCUGUGACUGUGAGGGGUACCUCAGAGGGCAUUAUGUGGCUGGUCUUCGAAGGAGCUUCCGGCUGGGCCGCAGGGAGAGACUGGGAAACCCGCAGGAAGGAAAGACAUCUGCAGUAACGGAGGCUCCGGAGCUGCUGACCUAUGAGGAGGUGACCAGGUACCAGCACCAACCCAGUAAGCGGCCCCGCCUGGUGGUUCUGAUCGGGUCUCUGGGAGCCCGGCUGCACGAGCUGAAGCAGAAGGUGGUGGCAGAGAACCCACAGCACUUUGGUGUUGCUGUUCCACAUACCACCAGACCCCGGAAGAGCCAUGAGAAGGAGGGGGUGGAGUAUCACUUUGUCUCUAAGCAAGCAUUCGAGGCCGGCAUACAUCACAACAGGUUCCUGGAGCACGGGGAAUAUAAGGAAAAUCUCUACGGGACCAGCCUGGACGCCAUUCACGCUGUGAUGGCCAAAAACAAAGUUUGUUUGGUGGACGUAGAGCCGGACGCACUGAGACAGCUGAGGACCUCAGAGUUCAAGCCCUAUAUUAUAUUUGUAAAGCCUGCAAUUCAGGACAAAAGGAAGAUGCCACCCAUGUCCCCAGCUUGUGAGGACAUAGCAGCCCCACUUGAUGAGGAACAGCGAGAGAUGUCCGCCUCCGCCGCCUUCAUUGACCAGCAUUACGGGCACCUGGUGGACGCUGUGCUGGUGAGGGAGGAUCUCCAGAGCGCGUGCAGCCAGCUCAGAGCUCUCUUAGAGAACCUGAGCAAGGACACUCACUGGGUGCCCAUCAGUUGGGUCAGGUAACUAUAUCCUAGAACAGCCCCAUUGGAGGGGACCUGGAAGACCGCCUAGUCCAGCCAUGUUACCAUCAAGGAAUCCCAAGUGUGGAGAGGGGCAGAAUUUUCCAUGAACGCCUUCAACCAGAAGAGCAUAUGUGGGAAGUCCCGUUCAUUGGUUUUUAUCUGUUGUUUUCCACUAUACCCCCCUGGAGCAGAAACCGUGAGUUGAAAGGGGGCAUAGCACACAAGAACACAUUUCCUUCAUUAAAGUGUCACAGGCAA